CGCAUGGCUCACUCAGGAUGUGCAACCGCUGUUUUUUAUCAGAAGGAGAGCAUGUGAUGCCGGCCUUUGACGCCCGGCGCCAUGCCCACGCCGCUGCAGCCCGGCGGCCCCGCUAGCGGCCCGCCUCCGGAGCGCAAGCGGCGCCGCAAGCGCGACGAUCCCCAAAGUUCAGCCGCGCUCGAGCCGGACGAAGACGACGGCAAUAUGAGCCCCGAGGAGGAGCCGCGGAACGCUCCUGCGGCCCCAGCGGCACCCACCCCGGCACCAUCGUCCGCGCCAGCGCCCACGUCUCCUCCAGCCGCACCGGACGCCGUCGACCUCACCUCGCGCCGAGAUUCACCACCCCUCUCCUCCGAUGUAGAACAUUUUGAUGGCAAGAUCGUCUACAACCCUGACGGAUCUGCGUAUAUUAUCGAAGAUCCAGAAAUCUCGGAGGGCGAGACGAGCUUGCCUGAUCUGCCCAAAAUUGAACCUGGGUGCAUAGUGGACAGUCGAGACCGAAACGUGGUUGAAAGGCAACUCGAAUUCCCUCAAAUUGCUAGUGCAUUCUACGUAUCGAGGAAUCCAUCACUAUAUGGAGCUUUAUACGGAAGAUUGGCUGCUGAGAGAGCACGAGCGAGGCCAGACGCACCAGUGAUGCAUAGUUAUCGAGUGUUUAGUUUUCGUGGUGGAAAAGACGCUCCUAGACCAUCGUCUCCAAUGCCGGAGUGCCCUAUUAUCGUACCGGUUAAACCGAUACUUAUGUGUUUUAUUUGUAAAUUGAGUUUUGGAUACGCCAAAUCUUUUGUAGCGCAUGCCCAAUCCGAUCACAGUUUAUCAUUACUUGAUACAGAAAGAGAUGCCCUAUCAAGAGAAAAUGCAUCGGCAAUCAUACAGUGCGUUGGAAAGGAUAAAGAACCCCUAGUCUCAUUUUUGGAACCCGUUGGGGCUGCUGCACCACCACGUGCUUCAAUGUCGGGCAGUCCUGCCAAUAUAUCAGAACUAUCCAGUCCUUCCAUGGAUAAGCGACCGGAUGUAAUAACGCCAGAGAGAGAAAACGAAUCAAUGUUGUUACCCAAUGGAUCCUGUGAUGACAGAAGACCUAGUCCGCCAUCUUGGAGGCCACCUAGAUCGAUGACUGAAUCAUUGAUUCCACAACAUUCCAUGAUUUCAGUUGCACAUCCGCACACAAUAAAUGCGUCUGUACAACAUCGUAGUAGCCCUAAUUCAUCCCCACCGUUUCAAACAGCACCUCCAGCUUUUCUUUCUGGUACAACGAUAGGAGUAUGCCCAGAUCAUCUCGGAGGUCGACCCUCUGGAGCUGAUUGUCCAAAAUGCGAGCUUAUUUUAAAUUCAGGAAGAUUAGGUGGCCCAUUGGCUGGCAUGCAUAGUCGAAAUUCCUGUAAAACAUUAAAAUGUCCAAAGUGUAAUUGGCAUUACAAAUAUCAAGAAACAUUAGAAAUACAUAUGAAAGAGAAACAUCCAGAAGCAGAAACAAGUUGUAUUUAUUGUAUUGCUGGUCAACCACAUCCACGGUUAGCACGUGGGGAAACUUACACCUGUGGAUACAAACCUUACCGAUGCGAAGUGUGCAAUUACUCGACCACGACAAAAGGAAACCUAAGCAUACACAUGCAAUCUGACAAACAUCUGAAUAAUAUGCAGGAGUUGCAGAAUGGUGGCAACCCUGCUGAAGGAAACUUACCACCAGCCCAGCAUACGCCACCAGGAGUUCAUAAACCUCCACUACCCCACCAUUCGCCCUUGGGUCAGAAACCAAAGCCAACAUUUCGAUGUGAUGUAUGCAAUUAUGAAACUAAUGUUGCACGUAAUUUAAGGAUACAUAUGACAUCGGAAAAGCAUACCCAUAAUAUGCUUGUCCUUCAGCAAAAUGUCAAACACAUGCAAACAUUGUCAGCUCUUCAUCACCGACAACAAAGUCACCAGCAGUUAGAAAGUUUGUUACAUUUUCACGGUAGCGAUGCUCCUCCACCCAACCCAGAGGCCGCUUUAGCUGACAUGGCGUACAACCAAGCUCUGAUGAUUCAGCUUAUGACUGGUGGCCCUGGACCCUCUCCCCCAGAAUUAGGUGCUCAUUUAGAUGUUGGUUUAAAUCCAGAGGCUAUGGAACCACCACCAGAACCAGCGGAUCCAGAACCAGAAAGAACGUUUCACUGCUGCAUUUGCAACUGCUUUUCAACAGAUUCUUUAGAGGCGUUGGGUCAUCAUCUCGCACAAGAUCGCACAAAGAUCAGAGAACAAGAAAUAUUAGCUUUAGUAGCCGGUCACUACGUUUGUAAAUUAUGCACAUACAAAACUAAUUUAAAGGCAAAUUUUCAAUUGCAUUGCAAAACGGACAAACAUCUACAAAGGCUACAGCAUGUUAAUCAUGUAAAGGAAGGUGGUCCAAGAAAUGAAUGGAAAUUAAAGUUCUGUGGCGGUGUAGGGACUGGUGGUGCAGGGGUCGGUGGGGUGCAAGUCAGAUGUUGUGCUUGUGAUUAUUAUACAAAUUCAGCACACAAACUGCAACUGCAUGCCGCUGGAGCCAGGCACGAAGCUGCUGCCCUACUGCUAAGACAUUUACGAGACUGUGCCUCGAGGAUACCUCGGGAACGUCCUCGAGUAUACCGAUGUGCGUUAUGUGGCUUCGGUGCACCACAUAGACUGUCACUCCUACAACACGUACGCUCGGUCAAACAUUUGCAAAUGGAACAAAUCCAUCAACUUCAACGCCGGUCUGAAGGCAAAGACCCGACGCCGGAUGUUGCUGAGCUGUUCCAAGUCAUCCCUCAACCGCCUGAGCUACCGAGUCCAUUUGAUCAACAAGACAAUGAUAAGGAGCCAAUCGAUCAAAAACCAGAAUUAACGCAAGAGCAAAAGAUGAUGCGGUUUUUAGAACAACACCAACAACAGGUUGUUCAGCAACAACAACAGCAGCAACUUCAACAUCACCAACAGCAAGUUGCCCAACAACAAUCUCAACAAAGUAGCAGUGACAAAGAUGACGAACAAGAAACACCUGGACCACAUGUCUGUCCGUAUUGCAACUUUAGCUGUAACGGUGAACACAGAUUAUCUGCACAUGUCAACUCAGUUCACGGCGACAACGUUCGGCACUUCAUUUGUCCUCUAUGCCAAGAUGCGUUCAAAGAGAGACCGGCCUUAGAAAGGCAUGUUAUGCAGAUUCAUUCUGUAAACUCAGAAGGAUUGCAACGGCUGCUGCUUCUUGUAGAUCAAAGCCAUUGGCUAAAUGGUGCAACCCAAUCGCAGAGAGAGGAGUCGAGACAAAAUGAAGAGAAUGAAAGAGAAAUCUCAUCGCCUCGUUCUGAAGGCAGCGUUGACGGUGAGAUGGAACGAUGUUCAACGUGUAAUCGCACAUUUCGCAAUGUUGACGAAUUAUGCCAACAUCAAAAUGAAUCUGGUCACUUGGAACUAAAGCAAACACCGCAAGGACCAGGCUAUGUUUGUUGGAAAAAAGGUUGUAAUCGGUAUUUUGAUUCUGCGCACGCUUUGCAAAAUCAUUUUAGAGAAGCUCAUGCGCGUAAUUCUAUUGCAAAUAUGUCGGUCUCGGAGAAACAUGUAUAUAAAUACCGAUGCAAUCAAUGCAGCUUGGCAUUCAAAACGGUUGAAAAAUUGCAAUUACACUCUCAAUACCAUGUCAUACGCGAUGCUACGAAAUGUGUUCUAUGUGGACGAAGCUUUAGAUCUGUGAUGGCUCUUCAGAAACAUGUUGAAACAUCACAUCCUGAACUUUCAGAAGAAGAUCUUUCGGCUUUCAAAAGAAGUCUUGCCUCUAAUCCUUUACUACAAGCUGGACACGGUGUUGUUUUAGAUGCUGCUACUGCAGAUUUACUACGCAAAGAAGCGCUACGAACUCCUGAAGAUGAACUUGAAAUGGAAGACAGAGACUCGAGUGCAACAGCUAAUGAUGAAUCCGGACAUAACGAUGCCGAAAACUCAGACGAUUCAAUAAUUUACAAAGAUCAGCAAUUCCUUGAAGACUAUUUAAAUUCACAGGCAAUGGCAGAAGACUCCUACAAUGAUCCUAACAGAAAAUAUAAAUGCCAUCGAUGCAAAGUCGCUUUCACACGCCAAUCAUAUUUGACAGCACACAACAAGACUCUUCUACACAGAAAAGGCGAGAAACUAACAUACCCCAUGGAAAAAUAUCUCGAUCCAAACAGACCAUUCAAGUGUGAUGUGUGCAAGGAAUCUUUCACGCAAAAGAAUAUCCUACUUGUUCAUUACAAUAGUGUUAGUCAUUUGCACAAAUUAAAACGUGCUAUGCAAGAACAACAGAAUAAUAAUAAUCCACCCGUCUCGCCCGGUGCUGGUACUGCUCCCUCCAAUUUAACACUUACACCUAAAAGUACGUCUAGCGAGGAGGAUGAUCGUAAAAGAUACAAGUGUAACAUAUGCAAAGUUGCGUACACGCAAGGAAGCACACUUGAUAUUCACAUGAGGUCGGUUUUACAUCAAACGCGAGCGGGUAAACUGCAGGAGCUCGCCGCCGCAGGCCACGUGGACUUGACACGGCCUUUAGUAGAGCAGCCGGACAGGAACGACCCCGCCAAAAUUUUACAAGACGUGUUGUCGCCGAAAAAUACAUCCCCUUCGUCUACGAGCAGCGGGGGGCCGCGUUCCUCACCCCCCGCUCGCCCAGGUAGUCCGCGAUCCCCUCGUGCAGGUAGCGCCUCGUGCGAGCGCUGCCACGCGUCAUUCCCAACUGGGGAGCUACUCGACGCACAUCGCGCAACUUCAUGCCCGUUUGGAGAUGCGCGGGCGCAUUCGCCGCUCGGUGACGCAGAAGCAGCGGCUAUAGACGAGAUGGUAGCAAAGGGCAACCCGCCCAAAAGAAACUCACAAAUGUAUAAACAACUACUUGAGACAUUCGGAUUUGACCUUGUGAUGCAGUACAAUGAGAACCAGCGGCGCAAAAUGCAAGAGGAGCGCGAAAUGGCUCGCGCGCCAAGUCCACCGCCGCCUCCGCCCGAGGAAAAGCCCCCAGACAGUGAGACAAAAUCGACGUGUCAACAUUGUAACAAGGAGUUUUCUAGUGUUUUUGUUUUAAAGACCCACUGUGAAGAAGUGCAUAAAGAUAAAGUUCCUCUCGAAUUUUUGGAGCAGUUCGCGGAACAGUUUAAAUCGGAAUAUGAGAGGAAGUCCGGUGCUCCUAACUCACCGCGGGCUGCGUCUCCCGCGCCGCAGGGUGACCGUUCACCGUCGCCUCGUGGUGACACCAGUGGGAACUUUAACGAAAAUGCAAACGGUCCGGGCGAAGCACAGGCUGGAGCUCUAUUGGCUGCACAAGUGCAAGAGAUGCAGGCUGCUUUGAAUAUGCUGCAGUUGCAACAACAGCUCGGACAGUUGCACCCGAUGAUGGCUCAAAUGUUGUCACUAGGACUUCCGUUGGGCUUGAACAUGGGUGCCCUGGCGGCCAUGAACCUUCAGCCGCCCCUGGUGUCGCUCAUGUUGCCACCACCGCCCUUCGACGCCAUGCCCUUCGCUCAUGACGCUCAGAUGAAACAGCAACAGCUGAUCCAGCAACAGCAGCAGGCGAACGCAGCAGCGGGUCAAAAACGAGCUCGCACGCGAAUCACUGAUGAUCAGUUGAAAAUAUUACGCUCGCACUUUGACAUUAAUAACUCUCCAAGUGACGAGGCUAUUGCAAAAAUGGCUAAACAGUCUGGACUCGCGACUAAGGUCAUCAAACAUUGGUUCCGGAACACGCUCUUUAAAGAGCGCCAACGCAAUAAAGAUUCGCCUUACAACUUUAAUAACCCUCCAUCUACUACUUUAAAUCUUGAGGAGUAUGAGAAGACUGGGGAAGCCAAAGUAACACCUUUAGAUUCUUCAGCUAGCUCUGACGAAGGCAAACCACCGCCUGAAAAAAAAGCAAAAACUGAGGACACAUUAGCGAUAAUUAACCAGCAAGAAGUUAAAUGUGAGCCAAUUGACGAGCCUACCAUGGAAGAGAAAUACAAUUCGUAUGACGACCGACAUCAAGAAGACAGAAGUUACAGUUUUCCACAAAUGCCUCUCCCAAGUCCAGCGUUAAUUUCUUCUGAAGUUAUACAUAAUAUUUCGAGACCACAAACACCCACCCACGUGUCCCUCAAUUCUCUAAUACAGUCCCAAUUAGAUUCGAUACCGGCUACGAGUAUACCGCAGCCUCCGCAUCCUUCGAUGCUACCACCAAAACUAAAUCCUAAUUUCACGUCCCCAAACUCCGCGCCCCCGAACGUCCUACCUUUGACCCCAAAUCGCAGCCUCAGUCCUGGCAGAGGACCGGCCGAUUUCGGACUUUCCGGGGGCAACUCGAACGGAUCCAACAGCUCGGGGUCUUCUGGCAAACGCGCCAACAGAACUAGAUUUACUGACUAUCAAAUCAAGGUUUUGCAAGAAUUUUUUGAAAACAAUGCAUAUCCAAAAGAUGAUGACUUAGAAUACCUCUCAAAGUUAUUGGGGCUCAGCCCUAGAGUUAUCGUUGUGUGGUUUCAAAACGCGCGUCAAAAAGCAAGAAAAGUGUAUGAAAAUCAGCCGGCAGCAGAUCCACCAGCUGGCUCGAUGGACGACGCUAAUAGAUUUCAAAGAACACCUGGCCUCAAUUACCAAUGUAAAAAGUGCCAACUUGUAUUCCAACGAUAUUACGAAUUAAUAAGACAUCAGAAAACUCAUUGUUUUAAGGAAGAGGAUGCGAAACGAUCGGCGCAGGCGCAGGCGGCUGCCGCUCAAGUAGCUGCUACAUUAAGCAGUGAAGAUUCAAAUUCAAGUACCGUAGAACACCACGUUCCGCAUGUGCCAGUAUCACCGGCACCACCUCGCACACCCACGCCUGCAGCCCCUAACUAUCCGGUAUCACCGGCCCCUCCGGCGCCGCAUACGCCGCAUACACCUGUCACUCCACUUACUCAUCAACCCAGAGAGGAAAAAGAUGGUAAUUUUCAGUGUGAUAAAUGCAACCUAGUCUUCCCACGAUUCGACUUAUGGCGAGAACAUCAACUAGUUCACAUUAUGAACCCAAACUUAUUCCCCACAUAUCCACCUGAUUCCCCUUUUGGAAUCUUACAACAACACGCUCAAUUACAACAACUCAACGCAUCAUUAACAAACGAGGAAUCACGCCAUCCAUUAGUAGCAGCAUUAAACCAACAGGUUGCAAAAAGAAAAUUUGAUGAGUUUGAGGAUGCAGACACGGGAGAACAACCAAAAGAUAAACGCUUGAGGACCACCAUUUUACCCGAACAAUUGGACUACCUCUAUCAAAAGUACCAAAUAGAAUCAAAUCCCUCACGAAAAAUGCUGGAAAAUAUUGCCCGCGAAGUGGGAUUAAAAAAAAGAGUAGUUCAAGUUUGGUUUCAAAAUACACGAGCACGGGAGAGAAAAGGUCAAUUUCGAGCUCACGCUCAGGUCAUUAAUAAGCGUUGUCCCUUCUGUCCUGCAUUAUUCAAAGUAAAAAGUGCACUGGAAAGCCACCUUAGUACAAAACACGCUGACCAGUGUGCACGAGGAGAAAUAAAUGUUGAUGCACUUCCAGAUGAAGAACUGAGCACAGAAUCCACACCAAGUUUUGGCUCACAGCAAAGUGACAGACAGCAAAAUUUUUCCCAAGCGGGGGCUCCCAUGUUGCCCCCUAUUUUUCCGCCUUUCCACUCAGACAUGGAGAAGUUUAUCAAGCAGUACAGUGAGGAGUCUAUGAAGCGAUACGUUAGUGAGCUCCAAGCACAUGCUGCUGCACAACAGAAUGGUAGUAGUGGAAACGAACCCUCUGAGAGGCGAGCAGAACAUGGAAAAUCAGAAAUACCUUUAGAUCUCAGCAAACCUGUUGACCUGUCACGGCCGGGAUCAGACGCCGAUGAACGCUCAGAUACCGCAUCUGAGACAAUGGAAUUUUACGAAGAAGAUGAACCGACGUCACCUAUACCGGGCCAACAACAAACGCCUAGACCCCUCGGGAAACGCUUUCGAACUCAAAUGUCUUCCGUUCAAGUUAAAAUCAUGAAGUCACUGUUCGGCGACUAUAAAACGCCGACAAUGGCAGAAUGUGAGUCACUCGGAAGAGAGAUUGGGUUACCGAAGCGCGUGGUUCAAGUGUGGUUCCAAAACGCAAGGGCUAAAGAAAAGAAAGCGCGUCUCGCAGCUGGUCUCCCAGAGAUAUCCGACGCGCAACCACCGGAGGAGUGCAGAGUGUGUGAUUUUAAGUACAGUCACAAGUAUUCAGUGCAGGACCAUGUGUUUACGCGCGGUCACAUCGCGACUGUGCGUGCGCGGCUGGAAAGCAACGUUGGUGCGGCGGACGACAGCACGCUCGCACUCAUGCAGAUGGCAGCACGACUGGAGGGCGGGCUUGGAAGCGAGCUUCACAACGCGUUUCUGCGGCCACAACUCGCCGGCAACGGUGAGUGCACUACUUGACAGCGGUCCACGUCGUUUAGUGCUUCCGAGUGCUACGCGACUAUGGACUUCCUAACGUAGAACCUCGCAGCGGCGAGCUUCGCUCUCGUGAGUAAUGUUUCCGAUGAAAUUUCACAAAAGCAACCCAGUUGAAGAGCGAAGCUCAGAGUGUGCCGUGACGGUCGUUGGUCUAUUUUCCUACUAGUGAGUCCUUUUGUAAAUAAUUUUAGAUGUUACGCGAUAUUGUUACGCAAAGCCUAAGUGAUGUUAAUUUUCAAUGCCGACAAUUAUCAUAACUUCGAGAUUACAUUAACAUUGUCAAACGUGUGCGUCAGAUACGUCGCGCGGACGCAACGCUCGUUGCCCCGUAAUAACAACACGUACGCGACCAAUUCAAUCUCUGAAAUUAUUUCGUAAUUCAAAUAAUUACAGAGUGCCACUUGAAGCGUGGUGAUACCGUGACUAAAAUGGGAUAUAAACAUUUCUUGUAAAUAAAUUUUGUCUCGUCAUCGUAGAAGUAGUAUUUGAACUUUGUUUUACGGUUUUUGUAGAGAGUGAUAGGUUGGUCGUGUCGUGGUGACUGGUGAGGAGUGAGAGGCGUGCCGGGAGUGCCGGCGGGCCGGUGGGCGUCUCUCUCUGAGCCGCCGCUAUUUAAAUGCAAACGAACACAACAAUGGUAGGAGUUAGGACGCGUGAAGGACGUCGUAUAUCUAAUGCGACCGAUCUGGUGCACAUGCAUGUCUCCACAUGAAUAAUCAAUUAUUCAAAUUACGCCAAUCAAAAGACUUUCUCGGAAACCCUCCGCAAAUGUCAAUAGCUCCUUUUUGUUUUAUCAACUUUUUAUAUAAAUGUGUAAUAAUCCGCCGCAUUGAAAAUCAGCAUCCUGAGUUUGCGUAACGUACUAGUAAUCUGUUGCAUAAUAUUAUUCUUCCUAGUUGUUCUAUUUAAAACUCCUAUUAGGUAUUAGAGACUUGUCGAUUGUUGUAGGAUUGUAAUGAAAACCAAAUUAUAUAUUAUAGAGAAUUUAAAACAUUUAGUUAUUAUGUAAAGUCAAAGCGAAGCCUGAAGUCUUUAUAACUAUUUAAAUAAGGUGCCUUGUAGGAUUCAAGUGUUUGUAAAUUAUUUUCCAGAGCUCCACUGUAAAUAAUGAAUUGAUCAUGUAAAAGUAUACUAUUAGAGUUUAAUUUAGGUCGCUGUUCAAUUUGUCUUGAACCGCUGUUCGUUAUAUUGUGUAGGUACUGCGUUAAGUGGUAUAGAUAGAUAGAUUUAAAUAAAUAUAUUGUUCGUUUCAUAGAGGCAUCUUUAAAACUUGUGAUAUAACUGUAUCUAAUUAGUUUACAACGCAUAUCUUCUCCGAGGGGAACAAAAAUAAAUACAGACGUAACAUAGAAAGUUUGUCGUAUUUUACAUAAUAAUGAAUACUAAGGUAACUUGUGGGGUCGCCGGCUGCAGUUUUUAAUAUUCUCCCAAAGCAUUUACAUAAGAGCGGUUGGGAAUUGGGGAGUUGGGCGGUAUGCAAAUAUUUUCUUCAAAUUUAAAUGCACUACAUGGAAAGCCGUGAGCUCGUGCCGCCUUCUAAGCGCCCAAACAAAUCGGCGCACGCGCCGCGGGUGUUACCAUCGCGUUUCUAUUUAUUGUGUGAAAACCUACCUCCCGUCUUACGUGCCAAGAUACUUUCCUAUUAUCCUUUCAAAUGCAAAUAUUGCACUUUGGAAUUGUCCAUGUAUUUUAAAUAUUUGAUCCGCAAGCUCUUUACAGGUAUUGAAUUAUUUGCAUAUCGCUUUUUAUGUUAUUAUUUCUUCUUUGCUUUAUGUUGUUAUGUUUGUAUUUAUUUUUGUUCUUAAGUUUUAUUAUUUUUAUUUGUUUCGUUUAGAUUAUUAUGUACCUUGGUGCAUCGGCUUACUAGCUGACCGUUGCCUUGAUAUUGAAUUUGCCUCCAAUACGACUUCCAAUAACUUUAUUUUAAUUUUGUAUUAUUUAAGUUUACCUAAUUAUGUGCGAUCUGCAUUUACUGUUAUUCAGAUGAUAUUUUUCAAAAUAGUUUUUAAAAUGUGAAGUCAAGUGCCAGCCAGUGAAAAAUACUUUUACUUUGGUUUGACGAUAAUGAUCGUCAUUAAACUAGAGAAAGAUGACAAAUCUUGUAAACUGAAUAGUAUU